UUUGUGAGCAUCAGGAUAUGCUCAUGCCGAUGCAGUAGACCUCUAGGGAUGGGAGUGGUGACCUGCAGAUGCGGUGAGGACCUGGGGCUACCGAGAGGAACAGAGAUGCCCUCCUGAGAGAUCUGUAUAAGGGCUCCUGAGCAAAAGCCAGGGCUCCGUCUUCGUCCGGAUCCACGCCCCGUGGCAGGUGCUGGCCCGAGAGGCAGAAUUCUUGAAGAUCAAAGUUCCCACCAAGAAAAUGUACGAGAUCAAGUCACAAGGCAGCAUUGCGAAGACGUUCAACAAGAUUCUGCACAAACUGAGCGCGCCCCUGAAGCCCCGAGUACCCGAGCACAGUAACAGCCGGAUGAAGAACCUCUCGUACCCGUUCUCCAGGGAGAAAAUGUACCUGUACAACAUCCAGGACAAGGACACCUUCUUUGAUAAUGCCACCCGUAGUCGCAUUGUGCAUGAGAUCCUGAAGCGCACAACCUGCUCUCGAGCCAACAACACGAUGGGUAUUAACUCUCUGAUAGCAAAUAAUGUCUAUGAGGCUGCCUACCCAUUGCACGACGGUGAAUAUGACAGUCCAGGGGACGACAUGAAUGACAGAAAGCUGCUGUAUCAAGAAUGGGCACGCUAUGGGGUGUUUUAUAAGUUUCAACCCAUUGACCUCAUCAGGUGUAGUAACCUGACCCCCGAGCAGGCAGCCUUAUGCACCG